GUUGCAGUCGGGCGUUCGAGCCCGCAUAGACUGAACGCACUUCGCUGCUGCAUCCGCGAUAAAUUAAAAAAAACAAGCCCUCGCUUCCCGGCAUUUUUGACAAGUGACAGCGCGCAAUUUAAAAAAAGUGUUUUUUUUUCUAAAAGUGUGUUUUUCUUGUGAUAAGUGGUUGUGAAUGGUGCAAUCAAAAUCGGAAUUUUGCUAAGUUUGCCCGGAUGUAGACAAUACGGUCCACAGUGACGUACUUCGGAACCCAAAAUGGGGCACAAACAGUUUCUGGCGUUGGGGCAGACGGCGCGGCGGCUGCUCGGCUUGCCCCCGGGGAAAGGGGACGUGCCCCUGAACAUGCUUAUAUCGCAGCAGGGCAAACUCAAUCAUGGACGCCUGGCUGUGAUUUUGUUCAGCAUAUGUACAGUCGUGCUCGGAAUCAUCCUAUCCUUCGUGCCGUGGUUAGACUACAUUAUAUUUAGGGAGCUGAAGCUAUGGAACGGUUCACUGAGCUACUCCUACUGGCAGAAGCCUGGUGUGGUCCGGCUGACGAAGGUCUACAUCUUCAAUGUCACCAACCCGAGUGGCUUCCUCGAGCACGGGGAGAAACCGAAGUUGGUGGAGGUCGGGCCGUUUGUGUAUAGAGAAGACAUGGAGAAGGUGAACAUAAAGUUUCAUGACAACGACACCAUCACGUACCAACACAACAAGAUUCUUCGAUUCGUUCCCGAACUGUCCGUCAAUAAGAACCAGAAGUUGACAGUGCCGAACAUUCCUCUACUGACAGUGACUUCUUUCUCUCCCAACCUUGCCGGACUCGUGGUGAGCGGUCUGGCGUCAGUGCUGUCGGUGGCGUACAAGAAGACGGCUGAGCCUUUCGUCAAGGUCACCGCGGAACAGCUGGUUUUUGGAUACGACGACCCCCUAGUGACUUUGGCGCAUUACUUCUACCCCAAAGGGAAGAGGCCGAACAGUCAGAUGGGACUGUUGUUAGCGCGAAACGGGACCCUAGACGAAGUAUCAACGAUCUACGCGGGCCAGAAAUCCAUGUCACGAUUUGGAUAUCUGGACAAGAUCAACGGCUUGGAUCAUCUGCCUCACUGGAAGGACAGUCCCUGCAACGAUAUCAGGGCCUCAGAAGGAUCGUUUUUCCCCCCUCGGGCGGUGACCAAGUCGGACCUGGUCCAUGUGUACGACAAGGACAUCUGCCGUAUACUUCCCCUACAGUACAGGCGAGAUGUCUACAAGGAUGGCAUCCAAACGGGUCUAUACACACCGCCCGCCUCCACAUUCGAGUCGGCCGACGUCAACCCGGACAACAAGUGCUACUGUCAGGGGGAGAAGUGUCCCCCACGGGGCUUGCAGAACAUCAGUCCAUGCCAAUACAGCGCUCCUGUUUACCUCUCAUACCCACACUUCUACGACGCUGAGCCAUCUCUCCUCGACAAAUUCGAGGGUCUCAAGCCAGUUCAGAAGACCCAUGAAACCUACUUUAUGAUACAACCGAAACUCGGCGUGCCAUUAGAAGGCUUCGUACGCGUACAAUUGAACAUUAAAGUGAGCCGCGCGCCGAAUAUCUACGUGAACAGCAUCAACAAGUUCCCCGACAUCAUCUUCCCUGUCAUGUGGAUAGAAGAGGGUAUCCACGAAGUAACAACCCCCAUAUGGCGAUGGAUCUACCUAGCUACCACCGUCGGCCCAAUCGCAGCCCCCCUCCUCACCUACUCAAUGAUCGUCUUCGGGAUCUUAACCAUCAUAGCGGUCUUCGUCAAAGCGUACAAAAGUUUCGUCAUCGGACAAAAUUCUAUAGAAAUUGUUGAGAUAGGACGCGAAACUUUAAGACGGGGAUCCAUGAUUCUACAUAGCACGCAGAAGAUAUGUUUAAGAGAACCGCCUUAUAUUUUGCUGCCACAAACAAGUAUAGAUGGAGUUAGGGAGUUUAGUCAAAGUCUAGGUGACGUAGGGAAGUCUGAUUUAGGUUUAGAAUGUGAGACUUUAAUUAGUUCCGACAAUAGUUUUAUAAUAUCUGAGAGAAGGUGUAGUUUAGGGUUUAGGUUACCACACUUUUAGAUUAAGUGUGAAUGUGUAAUGUGUAUGUAUAACAUUAACAUAUACUAGGCGAUUGUUAAAUAUAUUUUAUACGAAUGAAAACAAGUUGAAUUUUUUUUGGUAGUUUUUCUAAGUUUAAUUGCCAAUUAUUUUGAUGUGUUAAUGCAGUUAAUAUGUGUCGUUUUCAAGGAAAAGGUACCACAUUGUCGCUUGCCAUAAGGACGUUUUAAAGGUUAUUUGUAUAAGGAUACAAGCAAAUUUCUCCUUAUAGUAAGGCGAGGUACCUUUUGCUUAAAAACGUCACAUAUUAACAAUAUACUUGUGAAUCAAGGAAAUGCUAAAAUUGCGUAACAUUUACGUCUAAUUAGCGUGUCAAAGUGCAUUUGUCUCUUUCAGACUAAACUUGUUAGAAAGUGAUAAAAGCUUUACGCUAUUCUCAGAUAUGUAUAUGUUAGUGUUAUACGUUAAAAUAUUUUAUGCUUGUAAGUGCCAGUGAGUAACGUUUUAACAAAAUUGUUUUUAGGAAUGUAAACCUACAUUUUUAUAAGGCAAAAAUUAUUUGUUUAUUUUUAAGUCAAAACGUGAUGUGUUUCUAAAUACAUGAUAAAGAUGUACUUAUCAUUGUAUUUUUACAUUAUUACGUUUUACAUCACGUUUUGUCGUAAGUGCUAUUAGUUCAAAGGUUGAGUCGUCAUUUGUUAUUAGUAUUUGUUAUUGACAGGUUGACGAUGAUGUUAUUCUAGUUAGUGUAUUAAAUUGUCUUUAUGCGAUUAACGAGCUAACUUUGUAUCGAUUGCAGAACAGUGAUCAUUGUAAACGACAUAUUAUUAAAUGAUAUUGCCACACUAUGCAAAUGUCAUGCAGAGUUAGCGUGGUCCUAAAUUAAAGGGACUUGGGACCCACUUUCCGAUAUUUCACUGGAACAUUUUUUUUUUUAUGAUAUUAGUCAGCUUAUAAUACCAUAGUUGCAGUGAACUGGUCUUGGUACAAGAAAGACCUCCCUAUUGUGUUGCAAAAAGUUUUUUGACAUAUUUUUGUAUUGCAUAAUGUUACUUGGUAGAAAUAUCGUUUGGCAGAAACACUUUUGGCAUACUGCUUUUCGCAUAAUAUUACUUUACAGAAUUUCUUUUCGCAUAAUAUUUGUUAUUUGGCAGAAAACCCUAACCUGGGUUAGGUUAGGGUUAGGGUUUUUCUGCCAAGAAAAUAGCUUAGAAAAUUCUGCCAAAUUAAUAUUAUGCGAAAUGACUAUUAUGGCAAGUAUAUAUUUAUGCGAAAGUAUCAUUCGACUAAAAGUUUUCUGCGAUACGUGUUAUGCGAAGUGUAUUUCUGAUAAACAAUAUUAUGCCAGAUGAGGGGAACCCGAAAGACCGAUAUAGGAACUUAAAAAACAUAAGAUCAUCCGAUUUAGGCUCAUUGGAAACGUCUCUAAAUUUUGACAACUGCACGGAAAAGUAGAAAUUGUAAUAAUAGGUUGUAUCAAAUCAACACUAACAUUUUUUUUUUACUUUUUAUCAAUUGUUUUUACAAAUCGCAUAAUUUAUGCGGAAAUCUAUUGUUUCGCGAGUUUUGACAUUUGACACGAACGAUCUGUGAAGGCCUUGACUAAAAAUACCACAAAACUUUUUGUUUUGUAACGCUACAAAUAAAAACAAUAAAAUAAAUAAAUAAAAAGUUGUUUGUAAAUAAAAACAAAUUUUUAUUCAUUUAUUUAUUCGGAAAUCUAUUGUUUCGCGAGUUUUGACAUUUGACACGAACGAUCUGUGAAGUCCUUGGCUAAAAAUACCCACGGAUGUAGGGUAUAACUUCAUGAAAAUACCACAAAACUUUUUUUUUGUAACGCUACAGAUAAAAACAAUACAUACAAACAUUACAAACCUAUUCAUAAUUUUGUUAAAAACGUUUUUAUUGUAUGUAUGUGGUUCGAAUUUUUUACUUUUAAGAAUAUUUGCUCAUUACCUAUACGAGUUCCCAAAUAAGUGAAAUAUGUAGUAUAAAAUAUUAUAAAAAAGUCCCUUACGACAUUGACGCUUAACCAUAAUUGUUGUAAAUUGUAUAUUAAGGGAGUUUAGGACAAAUGAAGUAAAAUAAGUUUCGAGAUUUAUUUUUUCGGGAAAUGUUAUAUAUUUUAAAUGCGAUGAAUAAUUAUUGAAAUUUUUGAUUAUGUGGCAUUAUUGCUCAGAAUUUAAAUGUUAUUUUAUUAAAUGUUCAUUACUUAACUAAACAAAACUAAAUGCUCAAUACUUUACUAAACAUGGGUGAAAAAGCUUAACUAUAGCCAGUCAAACAAGUUUGUCAGUAGAAAAAGGCGCGAAAUUCAAUGUUUCUAUAGGACCAUAACCCUUCGCGCCUAAAUUUUUUAAAUUUGCCGCUCUUUUCUACUGACAAAUUGCUUGACAGAGUACAUAUGACAACAAAGAGAAUUAAGAAGACGUCGCGACACAUGUGACAUCUAGUGUCGAGUAGCAGUACUGAGACUUGACGCUAGCGCUAGAUGUAGACUACGAAAAUAAAAGUCUUUUUGGUAACAAAACCGAUGUAUGGAGUGAGCUCGUCUUCUUAAGUCUCUUUGAUGACAACUAACUUUACUAAAACAGUUCAUGGGUUGGUAAAUUUAGUUCGGAUUGUGACAUAUAGGCGUAUAUUAUACAAUUAAUGCUAUAAUCUUGAAUAUAAAUAAUAAAUACCUAAGUUCGAUUAUUGGUGGUAAUUGUUAACUUGGUUGUUCCAAAUAUUUACCAAUUGAAUUUAAUCCAAAUACGAAAUACAAACCUGGUAAAGCGUAUUGAUAUGUUUUUUAUAAAAAAAUGUUAUUUGUCGUAAUAUGUAAGGAAUAUAUUUUCUCUAGUUUUAUGGUAAAACAAUAUUUAUUGAAUAGUUACCAGUUGAGAACAAAUACAAUUUAUAUUCAUAUAAUGUGCAUGUGAUAUAAGUAUUUAUACGACCUGUUAUGUAAAAAAUAUAUAUUUGACAAGCUAUUUGACAAGUCUGUAACAUGCAAAAAAAUAUUUUACGUAAUUUUUUAAAAUUUAUAGACCAUAAAUAUAUACAAGUAAAGGACAUUAAAUAUAUACAAGUCCAAGUUUCAAAAGGACAUUUACACAAGUUACUUAUAUUUAUUAUAAAUGGAUUUUGCUCAAUUUUUGUGGAAUUGUAUAAUUUAAGUCUAAAAUCAAGUAGGUAUAUAUUUUAAAGCUAUUGAACUAAAUAAAAAAAAUGUCUUUUUAACGACAAAAGUUCAUGUUAAAAUAUGACUAUUUAAAUAAAAUAAGUCAUUUUAAGAUUAUGAUGCUACAUCCGUAUUAUUCGUAAGUUGGUCUAUACGUUAUUUUAAUUAACAAUAAUGGACAAUAUAAUUAAACAUAAACUUAGAAUUUAUUUUUGUUAACCGACUUUUGAGGAACUAAAAUUGGUUGAUAAUUAAUAGAAGAACAAAUAAUGAAAGAUGAAUAAAUAUUUAAAACUAGAUCUUGUUAACCUACUUUUUUGGAAUUUUAACUACGUAUUCAUAUAUGUAAUACAAUCUAACUUUUUCCCGAGUUUUUCUCUCGAUCAACUUAGUUUUUAAUAAAAUAAAAUAGGUAUUAUUCUGGCAGUUAUUUUGAAAGGUUCCAAAGGAGGCGAAAGCCGCGGGCAACAGCUAGCUAAGUUUAUGAAAAGCUUUAAAUCAUCAAGACUUCUGUUUUUGUUCUAUUUUUAGAAGUUUUUUUAUCAUUUCAUAGGUGGCGUUUUCAUUUCAAAAAGUUAUAUGAUACCCUGUGUGUUAUUACCUACAUAUUCAGUUUAUUUUAUAUUUGUAUUUUUUAUUUGUAAAUUUAAUUGUCGAUUUUAUGAUUAAAUAGGUACGUAUCAAGUGAAAUUAAAUUUGAUGAAUGUUAAAUCUUUAAUCAAAUGGAAUUAAAGCAACUUUAAUAGUAUGAUGAUAGUAGAUAGGUAACUUUUAUUUUCAUAACAACAUAUUUCGAACAAUUGACUUAAAAGUAAAAAAAAAUAAAGGAAUGUAACGCCAUCUGUCGAAAUGUUCAUGUAUGUAAGUUUAAAAACCUCAUUUAAAAUAGUAAAUAGGGUGCCUACAUUCCAUGUGAAUUAUAGAAUUGGGUAAAUAUGGAUUUUGUACAAUCGUACUAAGAAUUGUAAAUAAUAUUUUAUAAGAAUGUACUUUUGUAUCCAAUUUUUGUUUAUAAUAAAAGUUAUGGUAAACUU